AUGGAAACAGAACCAAUUCCUAUUGUUGAUGUACAAGAUUUUGGAAAUUACUUUGAUAAAGUCGUACGUGUAUUUGGUAAAGUACAAGCAUCUCAAGGAGAGCCAGGUGAAAUUGGAAUGAAUGUUAAUGGGGUUGAAAUAACAAUUACACAAGAAAAUAUAUGUAUUCCAAGUUGUGACAGUGAAACAUUAUUUGAUAUUACUGGACUAGUAAAAGGAGAAAACAGCCUUGAUCUAUUAUCCUGUGAACAAUGUGACUUUAGUGAUAAAAUCUAUGAGGCAUUAACGUCUAUUAAAAAACUUGAAGAAUAUAAAGAAAUAUUUGAGUCUAAUUGA